AUGACAGCCACGGCCACGACGACGACGUCCCCGGCGGACUCGGCCGCCUCCCUCAUCCUCAACCAUACCGCGCCGCAACCAUACAGCUUCCGCUUCUCCCCCUUCCUCCGGCAGACGUACCAGGUCGGCCUGCCGGCCGACCGCCCCGUGUGCAAGGCCUAUCAGACGGGCACAUGCCCCAACGGCACACGAUGCACAGAGCGGCACGUCUCUGAGCCGUCAGGCUCCGGUUCCGGCGGCAAGUCGCAGCACCAGUCGGGCGGCCUCAACUCGCUCGUCUGCAAGCACUGGCUGCGCGGGCUCUGCAAAAAGGGCGAGCACUGCGAGUUCCUGCACGAGUACAACCUGCGCAAGAUGCCCGAGUGCAACUUCUUCAUGCGCAACGGCUACUGCUCCAACGGCGAGGAGUGCCUGUACCUGCAUGUCGACCCGUCGUCGCGCCUCCCGCCCUGCCCCCACUACGACAUGGGCUUCUGCCCCCUCGGCCCCCUCUGCUCCAAGAAGCACGUCCGUCGGAAGCUCUGCAUCUUCUACCUCGCCGGCUUCUGCCCCGACGGGCCCGACUGCAAGCAGGGCUCCCACCCCAAGUGGAGCAAGGACCUGGACAAGCCGACCCUCAAGUCGGACGAGAAGAAGGAAGAGGAGGCCCGUGCCGAGGCCGCCGCCGCUGCUGCCGCUGCCGCCGCGGCUUCGAGGGGUGACGACGACGAUGGCAUGCAUAACACGGCUGCGGCGCAGCCGUGA